AUGCCUUCUAUGGCUGGUACAACAACGCUCGGUCUCGGCCUCUGGGAGGCCUUCGCGGCUCCCGCGGCUACGUUCGUGGAGGAUUGGUUCGCUCUCCAGUAUCUUCUGCCGCUCAUCUCGUUCGUCUGUGUCGGACUGGAGGGCUGGUGCUUCUUCGACCUCAUGCGCAAGACGCUGGGCGCGAGAUCCGCUGCGCGGGCUGUGGCCGACGCGCGCGAUGCGUCCUCCUUGGAUUACGAUGUUGUCAAGGAUUUCCCGAGAGGUGGUUUUGAGCCUUCGAACAACCAGCUGUGUGUUCAUGGGUUAUUAGGCAUCAAAUUGCAUGCGAGGCAUUCGGCUUGCCCUUCGAAUCCCGUUGUUAAGGGACAGGGCGCUAAAGGCCUAACAAUGCCGUGUGGAUGUCUAGUUAUCUCGAAAGGUCGCCCACAGACGCAAAGGAGGCGCAGACAAGAGAUGUCCUACAUCGCCAUCUGA